AAAAAAUAAACCAACACUGCUCUCUCGGUCUCUCCUCCCUGCAGCCUCGGUCUCUCCUCCCUGCACAUGUGAACCAUCUCCCUGCAGUUGACCGGUGAAACCACACUCACCGGCGAAGCCACCGGCUCUCUCCUCCUUCUCAGGUAACCGGCGAAACCACACUCACACACUCGCACCCUGUCUCCUCCUUCUCAGGCGACAACAUCGAUUUUGAUCAUCUACUCUUCUUUGAGCACGCUCGCAAGUCCGCUGUAGCCGCCUAUACCAAAAACCCUCUCGAUGCUGAGAAUUUGACUAGAUGGGGAGGAGCCUUGAUUGAGUUAUCUCAAUAUCAAGCUCCCGAGGAUUCAAAGAAGAUGCUUACAGGACUUUUGUCUGUGGAUUUUGAAGAGGGUUCUGAUACUUCACCUGAAGUACUCAUACAAGGGUAAUGAUAAUGAGGUCUAUCCAUUGAUGGUGAUUCACAAGUAGUCGCACGGCUUCACGGUGCGGUUUCUGCCCACAUGUGGCCUGGGAUGGUUUUGAAAUCUGGAAACAGAAUUCUUGCACCAACUCUACCCGAUAGACAAGAGUCAUCAGAUGAAGAAUCUGAUUAUGAAGCCGAGUAUGAAGUUCUUUCUGGGGGUUCAGCUGAACUAUGGGAUGAUAUAGAGGAUAACUGGGUGUCUUCCAUUCCUCCUAAUGCAUCUUCUGACCUAAAAUCUGUUUCUGAUGCUGAAAAGGCAGAGCCAUCAGAUUCAAAGUCUUCUGAAUGUAGAGAAAAGGAUAAGGAUGUGGAAUUUAAAGAGGUUGAGGAUUACAUUAGUGAUGAUAUUGAUAAGGGUGCACAUCUGGAGCUUGAGGAUUUGGAGCAUUUAAUGUCAGAUAUUGCAAAUAUGCGCAGCAAUUCAAGGUCGAUGCCUGAUUUUCAGAGGCGAGAGAUGGCUGCCAAAUUGGCAAUGCAAAUGGCUGCUCUGUUUGGGGACUGCAGCGGUGAUGAAGGAGUUGAGUAAUUAAAGGUCGACAUUUGGUUGAAAGUACAAAUUUUUCAUCAUCUGAGUGAAAGGAGAUGUAGAGUCAAAUCUUUCUCCAUUUAAACACAUAUUUGAUCUAAGAUCCAAGGUUUAUGUUAUGUCGUGUUUACCAACUGGAGAAUCGUCAGAAGACUUGCUGUACUGUUUUUCUCGGGUAGAUGAGUAAGCUCCGGAGAUGAUUCUUUCAUGGUGUGUUCUGAUUUUCCCUCUUUUAAUUUUUCUUGCUUAAUAAAUUGAAUUUACUCCUUGAUUAUGCUAAUAAUUAGAGUUUAAUUUGAAAAAUAAAUUGAAUUCAGGACUAUUUUUUUAAAACAUUGCUUGGAUUAUUUUUAUGAGCUGAGCCAAUUUAGAAUUUGUGAUAUAGAUUUCAUUUAGUAUAUACAUUGGAUUUGAUUAAUGGGGCAUCCUAGACUCUAGAGGCGACUACGUAAAAAGACCGCCUGCCUUCUAAUAGGAUUAAUCAUGAAUCCAGAAGCCAAUGGUUGUCACU